UGCCAUGUUCCCGGUUUCCUUAUGGGUGUGGUGAAGAUAUUACUGCUGAAAACUGACUGAAGCUCGUGCGAGGGCUGCGUGGCCCUUUAAAUAAUGUGUUAAAAUUGAGUUUACGGUAAUCGCGGUGAUUUGAUGUUUAUUUGUGCUCGUGUCGACAUGCGAGGCAUCUGAAGCGACUGAACUCUGAAUCAGGUGUAUGACGCUGUAGUCUCGGGUUCAGAUCAAACAGAAAGCAUGAGCGAGUUAGAACAGUUACGACAGGAAGCCGACCAGCUUCGCAAUCAGAUCCGGGAUGCCAGAAAAGCCUGCAGUGACUCCACACUUUCACAGAUGACAGCAGGUCUGGACUCAGUGGGACGGAUACAGAUGAGAACAAGACGAACGCUCAGAGGUCACCUGGCCAAAAUCUAUGCCAUGCACUGGGGCAGUGACUCCAGGUUACUUGUCAGUGCAUCCCAAGAUGGCAAGUUGAUCAUAUGGGAUUGUUAUACAACCAACAAGAUGCACGCUAUUCCCCUGCGCUCCUCAUGGGUUAUGACCUGUGCCUACGCUCCAUCCGGGAACUACGUGGCUUGCGGUGGACUGGACAACAUCUGCUCCACCUACAGUCUUAAAACCCGCGAGGGCAACGUCAAGGUUAACAGAGAGUUAGCUGGACACACAGGUUAUUUGUCCUGCUGUCGUUUUCUUGAUGACAGUCAGAUCAUCACAAGCUCUGGUGACACCACUUGUGCAUUGUGGGACAUUGAGACGGGCCAGCAGACCACUAGUUUCACAGGACACACAGGUGACGUCAUGAGCUUGUCCAUCAGUCCUGACUUAAAAACAUUUGUGUCGGGAGCCUGUGAUGCUUCGGCCAAAUUAUGGGACAUCAGAGAUGGCAUGUGUAGACAGUCGUUUACCGGCCACGUCUCUGACAUCAAUGCCGUCUGUUUCUUUCCAAAUGGAAACGCCUUCACCACGGGCUCAGACGAUGCCACGUGUCGCCUGUUUGACCUGCGUGCAGACCAGGAGUUGAUGUUGUAUUCUCAUGAUAACAUCAUCUGUGGAAUCACCUCUGUGGCCUUCUCCAAGAGCGGACGUCUCUUACUGGCCGGAUACGACGACUUCAACUGCAAUGUCUGGGAUACUUUAAAAGGCGAGCGGGCAGGUGUCCUGGCCGGUCAUGAUAACAGGGUGAGCUGUUUAGGGGUGAAUGAUGAUGGGAUGGCUGUGGCUACAGGUUCAUGGGACAGUUUCCUUCGGAUCUGGAACUGAACUGUAAAAGCGCUCUUAAAAUCUCCAGAUUCUGUCUCUCUGUCUUUCCACAGCAGUUAUUAUACUUGAUUUUUAGUACGUAGUGCAGUCCUGUGGAUCAGCCAAUCAUCACCGUUCGUCGGCCGCAGGAAUCAUGAGAUUAUUAAAGUGUCAUUGUGUUAUAUGUAAAUAUACAUGUAUAUGAAUAUGGAUAUGGUAUAUAUGUACAGCAUUACGUGUAUGUAUAUACCAUAGAGUAUAUACAUUAUACACCGUUAGUGUUUCUGUAUAUAUUUUUCUAUUUGAUCAUUGGCCGUAACUCUUUUUGAUCUUUCGCUUUUUCCUUUGUUUGAUGUAAAUAAGGAACGAUGCUAAACACGACAGAGCAUUUAACACACAAGUCUGUAUUACAAAAUUUCUCCAUGUGUUCGCGUAAAACACUUUAGGUGUCUUUUAUGCUCAUAACGUCAAGUAUGCAUCCUCUGGACAUUUCACUUUUAUCUUUUACACCACUGAAUCAAUCAGCAUUUAUUGGUGCUUGAAAGUGUUUUUUUUUUUUUUUGCAUUGCCUUGAAACCUUUUUAAAACAAUAUUACACUUUGAUUUUUAGGGGUUGUGCUCCUAUUUAAGCCUUAAAUACUCGAGAACAAACUAAUCUAGAAAAUACAUUCAUGUUGCUGGUGCUUAGAAAGAUUUUGUUUAGAAAUAGCCACAAACCCAUCUCUUAAAUUAGUUGAAGCGUUGCAACGUUAUGAAGCAGAAAUAUAUCAAAAGCAGUAUGUAAGUGUCAAACAAAUCAGGAAAAAAUAAGAAAUUAGAUUUUGCAUAAAGAAAAUGGUAAAAUACAUGCACGCUUGACAAAUAAAAAAUUAUCAAUUUAAAUAGAAAAUAUCACAAUGCACAGAAUAUCAAAGUAGUAUUAUCAAGCACAAUAUUAUUUCUUAUUUCUGUUACUUAAAGGGUAAAAUAUAACCUAGAUGUUUUUUGACAGGACUCCUAAAGUCAUUUGUAAGUUACGAGUUAUUUCUAACAAAGUAUUUUUGUAACUCUUUUCGUUUCAGUAUAUAAAUGUGUGUAGAGAGGUUUAAAUGAUAAACACUAUCUGGUCAGGAUGAAUUACUCUAGUAUUCAUGUUAUCAGUUUUGAGCGCAUGUCUGUGUUUUUUGUCAUGUGUACUUCAGCUCGUGGCUGGUUUAAGUUUUUCGCCCCUCCAGUAAUCCAGCUUUAAUAUAAUCUAUCUGUGCCAUUUUAAGUCUGUUAACGCCUCAUUUAACUGUGAAAAGUAUUUUAGGAUUUGUUUUGUUGGAGAGUGAAGUUGGUCAAUAGCUUGACAUUAUUUUGAGGUAUUAAGAAUUGUAUUCGUUUUUUUACCCUUUACCGUAUCAAAACCUUUGUUUUUUUAUCAAGUUUUCAGAGUUGGUCAGUAAAGCAUAGAGGAAUUCAUUUAAACUAGUUCAUAACUGUGAAAGUGAUUGAUUGUUUUUUUUAAGUCUGGGACAGUCUGCUGGUAUUGUUAUUGGUUAUUAUUAUUAUUUGUUGGGAAUUUUUGUUGAUAGUGUAAAGAUUGCCAGCUAGUAAUUCUUGUUUUUUUAUUAUUGGUUGAUUAAAUGGUUGUUUUUUAUCCGGUUGAAUUGAACAGUUUAACAUCUAGCUGUUAGUAGUUGUGGUUUACAAUCAUGUCCAUGGCCAAAAUGCAAAUGUAAAAACUUUAGGAGCUUUAACAAAAAUGCUGAAGACUUGAAACUAUUUUUAUUUUCCAUGCAACAGGCCAAACAACUCAUUUACAUUCCCAAUACAAGUAUUCAUGAGUAUUUUACUUUGGCUGAUUUGUAUUCUGCAUUGUGUUUUAAAGCCAGUAACACCAGAAGUGUGGUGCCUUGUGUAGUUUCACAGUGCCAUAAUUUCAAAUAAUCAAUUUAAUAACAUUUUAUUUCUCAACUUUUUUGGUAUUUGUUAAGUAACAUGGUUAUAAUGUUGCCAUACACCGAUAUAACCAAUAAAAAGAAUGACUUUUAACCAUAAAUAAA